AUGGCUGUGAAGCAGGCUGGCCUGGCCUGCAGAGCUUCUGACUGGGAUGCUUCUGGAGGGGCCCUAGGAUCCAGUGAGUUUGUGCAGCAGGGCACGGAUGUGAGGAGCGGCGUUGUGGUGCUGUGUGAUUUCCAUGUGUUGACAGGGUCCCUGGAGCUGCUGUCCUGGAGGCUACAGACAACAUCAGAGGCCAGCUGUCUGGACUCCAUUGCGGUCCACCUCUUCCAGAGUGUGAGCUUCUCGACUGUGCUUCCAGGGGAAUGUACACCUCCACUGAGGACCUACUUGCCGCACGGCCUUGACAGUCCACCCUGCCACUUCCCUUGCGAACCUGCACUGGCUGUGGCUGAGCUAAUGCCCAGGGGAGUUGCUGACAUGGGUUCUCAGCCAUGGCGCAGCAUGGCUGGAGUCUCCAAGUGUCUGCAGGCCUGCUCUGCUGACAACCGGAACAUUGGAGAGUCAGCGCUGUCUGCUGUGUUAAGUCAGCUGUUGCCCAUGAUCAAGCCUUCCACCCAGAGGACCCACACUGACUACAGCCCUGACGAGCUGCUGGCCCUCCUUAUCUAUCUUUACUCUGUUGCUGGAGAGGUCGUGGCAGACAAAGACCUGGGUGACACUGAAGAAAAAGUGAAGGACUCAUUGGCCCGGGUCUUCUGCGAGGAGGCUGAGUUGUCACCUUUGCUGCAGAAAAUCACAGGCUGUAACUCUUCGGCUCGCCUGACAUUUCCCAGAUCCCAAACCGCCACGGAUGAACUCUUCACUUCGCUGAGAGAUGUUGCGGGAGCCCGGGAUCUCCUGAGGCAAUUCAAGUCUGUGUACAUACCUGGGAGCCAAGCCCACCAGGCGUCCUAUAAGCCACUGCUGAGGCAAAUUGUGGAGGACAUAUUCAGUCCCGAGAGGCCGGACCCUGGCGACAUUGAACACAUGUCUGCAGGCCUCACCGACCUCCUCAAGACGGGAUUCAGCAUGUUCCUGAAGGUGAGCCGGCCGCACCCCAGCGACCACCCGGUACUGAUCCUCUUCGUGGUGGGCGGGGUCACCGUCUCUGAAGCCAGAAUGGUCAAGGACCUGGUGGCGGCCCUGAAGCCAGGAACCCAGGUCACUGUGCUGUCCACACGGCUCCUGAGGCCCCUCGAUGUCCCUGAGCUGCUGUUUGCCACCGACCGGCUGCACCCAGACCUCGGCAUCUGAGAAUCUGCUAGGAAGGGAAGCCUGCUGGCCAGAACGCCACAACUGCUGGUGUCACCUUCGAGACAGCCUCCAAGCCAGGGGCCUCCAAGCCAGCAACGGCUACAUGGUGGGGUCUUGAGAACCCACAACAAGGUGCUCAACUUGGAUGCUGUGAUGCCUAAAAAAAUGUGUUUUCUGUCUUUCCAAAGGGAUCCAGCUGUCUUCAGCUGGCCAGAUUGGUGGCCAUUUCCACCAACAAUUCCUCCCGUGAGCUCCUUCAUUCCAAAUAAAAGUCCUUGGCAAGUGCUG